ACACCAUUACUCAACCAUUAGCCAGAUAGGAAGCACAAUGGCUGUGGAAGAAGUGAUCUACACGUUGUUGGAGGUGCUCAUUGCUGUCAGCUGCUGUCUUGGUAAUAUGUUGGUUAUUUUAUCACUGUGGAUCAGUAAAAUCAACCAACAGCCCACCUUCUGCCUUAUUGUCUGUCUGGCUGUGGCUGACUUUAUGGUUGGCUGUGUGGCCAUACCGAUGGCUGUGGUGGUGGACAGACGAGUGGACACUUCAUUCCACAGCUGUCUCUUCAUCAGCUGUGUGGUCGUUCUGUUGACACUAGUCUCAGUUUUGUCCCUCACGGCUAUUGCGGGGGACCGCUUCCUCCGGGUGUAUAUCCCUCUCAGGUACAAAAGGACUGUAACACAGAGACAUUCUUGGCUUGUGGUUGCAGCAUGUUGGCUUGUUGCAAUACCGCUGAGUUUUGCUCCCAUGCUUGGAUGGUACAACCAUGAAACUUUGUCCAAUUCAGUCAACUCUUCUAUUCGCUGCGAGUUUAUCGCUGUGAUCCCCAUGUCGUACCUAGUUUACUUCAACUUUUUCCUCUGCACCCUGACACCUCUGUUGGUGAUGAUUGCACUGUACGGCUACAUUUUCUGCACCAUUCGAGGAAACCUCCGUGAGAAACCAGGAAACGGUGCCCAGAAACUGUCUCAGAACUACCUAAAGAAAGAGAAACAGCUGGCAGGAUCUCUGUCUCUGGUCUUGGCUUUGUUUGCCCUGUCCUGGCUCCCUCUCCACAUUAUGAACUGCAUGGUUUACUUUGGUGGGCAGAAUGAUGUACCUGUUAAAGCUUUCUAUCUUGGCAUCCUGCUUUCUCAUGCUAACUCGGCUGUAAACCCAGUUGUGUAUGCAUUCAAAAUACAAAAGAUCAAGACGGCAUAUCAGAAGCUCUGGAGACAGUAUAUCUCAUGUGGAGAAGAAAAUAAAGGAACUCAGACAAGCCAGACGUCAGACAACAAUCCCAGUAGUAACAUGAACGAUGUAGCCAAUAAUGAGUGAAGAAAGAUUUCCGUUUUUGUUUGAUUGACUGUUCAAUUAGUUAGUUCAGUUACAGUAUGUGAAGUGUAAUACAAUCCAAAAUAUACCUUACAAUAAUCACAUCGAGCCUUUUACACUGAAAGAUCUGUUCUCUGGUAUGUUCAGGAGUGUGUGUGUGUGUGUGUGUGUGUGUGUGUGUGUGUGUGUGUGUGUGUGUGUGUGUGUGUGUGUGUGUGUGUGUGCGUGUGUGUGUUGGGGAAACUGUCUUGCAGAGAAAGAGGGCAACUUUCACUUGUCUUAAAAGCUUUAGUUUAGUUUCACAUCAGUGUUAUUUUUCUGUUUCUAAUGAAGUUCCAGUUCUCUAUGUUUACUUCAACAGAAAUAGAGUGUGUUGGAAAUUACUUUCACUAUCUUUGAAAAGGAAUUUAGAAACCUGGCUGUCUUGAACUGAUACAUUCAGACAUCUUAAGUAUGAGUGUCACUGUCAUCAUUACUUUUGGAACAUACAUUUUGUAGCGCGUACACUUGACCUUUAACACACCUACAGGAACUUCAACAGAGUUUCUGAAAUAAGACAAAACAAACAAAAACCAACAUAAUGAAAAAGUCAAAGAGCCGAUGAUGAGGAGCUGAUGAUUUUUAAUAGGAUCAAAUGUUUUAGUUUCCUCACUAUUACCGUAUAUACAGCUCUAUUUUCUUCUGUACAUAUAGUACAUAAUGACUCAAACACAAUCAAACACAAGUUUAAUUUCAAUCUUUUAGUGAGCAUUUACUUCCUGCCUACCAUAAAUAGUUUAUGUAUAUUUACGAGCCACAAUUAUCAGCCAGCAUGUAACUCAUUUAGUUAGUCCAGGGGUUCUCAAACAUGGUUUACACGCUUACUAUCAUUUGUAUUAUAUAAAUAAUCCUGACCUGUUUCAUAGUGAUAAACAGAAACACAUUUUAAUUUGAAUUAUUUUUGGCCUCACGUCAAUGGUCCCCAUCUGUAGAUAUGUACAUUUUAAUGAUACACAAUUGCAUAAUAUUAGUGCCACGGACCCCAGGGGGUCAUCGGACCUCACUUUGAGAAUCACUCACUUCAAGCAGCUCACCGUGCAGCUAAGAUAUAAACGUGUUUUUAUUCUGCAAAAGCUUAAACCACAAUGUCUCAUUUCCUAUUCCUGCAUGUGUUCGACUUUGACUGUGACAAAUUAAAAGAACUAUCCAUCAGAAAUUAAA